CUUGUUUCUACGGUAGAAGCAUCUACAAUCAGUUGGAAGUUGGUGUAGAAGAUUACAUAGAUUCAUGGACAAAUUUCAGAGAGAUACUCCAGUGAAUUCUGCAUUACCGGCAACGCUAUUCAGGAAAGGAAAUGGAUACGGUGUUUAUCUCAUCUGGAUCUUUGCUAUUUCGGUCUCCUUUUCAGCCGGCUGUGACAAUGACACAAACGAUAACAACUGCCUUCAAAAGACCAUAUCUGUGCAGGAAGGAGAAACCGUGGAAAUACCCCUGAAUCCCUCUGAAAUGAUCCAGGACGUGUGCAUCUGGAGCAAUUCAACUUCUCGAUGGGAGAAUGCGUGCCACUUUUCUAAUGGAGUUUGCCGAACACUUCUUAUUGAUUUCAAGGAGGACAUUUCCAUCAAAGGAAACAAAUUUGAACUAAAGAACGUGAGCUCCCAAGCCAGCAGGAUUUACAAGCUUCUGGAUAAGCCUGGAAAUUGCAUGAUGUCAAUGCGGGUCUCUGUAUUAAGUGCAAAGCCUACCAUUUCAUCCUCACGAUCGGGAGCCUUCAACAUCCACUUGGAAAAAUGGAGUAAGUGGAGGUGGUGUGACGUGGGUGUACUCUCUAGCAUCAAUUCCAAUAUUAGCAAUUUUAGAUUACCUGUAAAUGCACUGAAGACACCUCUCACUUGCCUUGCUGGACUUGCGCAUGCACCCUUUUUUUAUGUUUAAGUUAUUUUCUUACUGUGCAAUAAAGACUGUUUCCAUGUUUGGUAAUGAAAGAAAUGUAUGCAAAGAGGAAAAAAUAAUAGCGUGACCAAAGUGACAGAAAAAUUUAGGAAGC